CAUCAGGUGAUGUUCACUUUAUUCGGCGACCAUGAAUUGCUACAUUCCCAUUGCACUUUUUGUGUUCGCUGUUUUGGAUUUGGCAAACGGGGUGAACCAAAAGGAAGGUUCUACUUUUUGUGUACAAUAUUUUGGUGGCGUGUGCUGGGAUAAAAGAUUUAAUAUGUGGCCAGCGGGAAAAUAAAUUCGGUGAACGCUUGUGAUCAGUAAUCAUGUAACCAGAAGAAAAAGGUUUUGCUCUUUUUAGGGCUAAGCAAAAAGAUUUACUAAUGGUUCUAUCAUUAUUAAUAGUUGUUUGGAAGUUAGUUUUAUCCCCUAGUUCUAUGCUAUUCGAUGUGUCGCCUUUAAUUUUCAGACAUCGAUUUGUGAGUAUAUGAAUAAGUUUACCAUUAAUAGCGCAUGCUAUAUUAUUGGAUUCAAUAAACAAAUUUUUUUAUAAUGUAUCACCAUAAUCAGCAGUUUUCCUAAUACAUAUUUACAAUAAUACAAGCCUGCGUUUUUAGUUCAACGCUAUCAACGUUAA